AUGGCAUCGUUGCCUCCUCCCCCUCCCCCGGGAUGGGGUGCAUCGGCGCCUCCAUCCUUGCCCAUGGCUCCUCCUCCGCCGGGAUACCAACCGCCAGCCGACCCGACUGUCGCAAAGUUUGCGCAAAAGAAGAACGAAUGGCUGCGGACACAGCGUAACCGGUUCGGGGAGAAGAGAAAGGCCGGCUUCGUCGAGACCCAGAAGGCAGACAUGCCGCCAGAGCAUCUGCGGAAGAUCGUUCGGGAUAUCGGCGACGUGUCGCAGAAAAAGUUCAGCAACGAGAAGCGUAGCUACCUCGGCGCGCUCAAGUUCAUGCCGCACGCGGUUUUGAAGCUUCUGGAGAACAUGCCCAUGCCUUGGGAGUCGGCCAAGGAAGUUAAGGUGUUAUACCACGUGAAUGGGUGUCUUACGUUGGUGAACGAGACUCCGAGAGUCAUCGAGCCGGUGUUCCAUGCCCAAUGGGCUACCAUGUGGGUGUGCAUGCGGAGAGAAAAGAGUGAUCGGAGACACUUCAAGCGAAUGCGUUUUCCUCCCUUCGAUGACGAAGAACCGCCGCUUUCCUGGUCGGAGAACAUUGAAGACGUCGAGCCCUUGGAGCCGAUUCAGAUGGAGCUCGACGAGAAUGAAGAUGCCGCCGUCUACGAAUGGCUCUACGACCACCGACCUCUCCUCGAUACCCCCCAUGUCAACGGCCCUAGUUAUAAAGAGUGGAACUUGACACUCCCGCAGAUGGCUACCCUUCACCGGUUAAGUCAUCAAAUACUUAGCGAUGUCGUGGAUAAGAACUACUUCCACAUGUUCGACCUUAACAGUUUCUUCACCGCCAAGGCGCUCAACGUUGCCAUUCCCGGUGGUCCUCGAUUCGAGCCCUUGUACAAGGACAUCGACCCCAAUGACGAAGACUUUAGUGAAUUCAACGCCAUCGACCGCAUCAUCUUCCGCGCCCCCAUCCGUACCGAAUACCGCGUCGAUUACCCCUUCUUGUAUAAUACCCUUCCCCGAAGUGUCAAGGUUUCUUGGUACUCUCAUCCCCAGGUAGUCUACGCGCGAACCGACGACCCCAACCUCCCAGCAUUUUACUUCGACCCCGUCAUCAACCCCAUUUCCUCACGCUCCGUUGCACCGAAGAACAUCACCGUCAGCCACGAAGAUGAGAUCUUCGGCGACGAUAACGAAGAUGAUUUCGAACUUCCGGAAGAGGCUGAGCCCUUCUUCGGUGACGAAGAACUCUACACUUCCGACACGGCGUCGGCUAUCGCACUUUGGUGGGCACCUCAUCCGUUCAACAAGCGUUCUGGGAAGAUGGUGCGUGCACAGGAUGUGCCGUUGGUGAAGCAGUGGUAUCUGGAGCACUGCCCCCAGGGUCAACCCGUCAAAGUCCGGGUGUCAUACCAGAAGAUGCUCAAAUCCUUUGUGCUUAAUGAAUUGCACAAGAACAAGCCCAAGGCCCAGAACAAGCAGAACUUGCUCAAAACGCUUAAGUCGACCAAGUUCUUCCAACAGACAACAAUCGACUGGGUUGAGGCUGGUCUGCAAGUUUGCCGCCAGGGUUUCAACAUGCUCAACUUGUUGAUCCACCGCAAGAACUUGACCUACCUGCAUCUCGACUACAACUUUAACCUGAAGCCCGUCAAGACCCUCACCACCAAGGAGCGCAAGAAGUCUCGUUUCGGUAACGCUUUCCACCUGAUGAGAGAAAUUCUUCGCUUGACCAAGUUGAUCGUCGACGCUCAAGUUCAGUACCGGUUGGGUAACAUCGAUGCUUUCCAGCUGGCAGACGGUAUUCUUUACGCCUUCAACCACGUCGGUCAGCUGACUGGUAUGUACCGUUACAAGUACAAGCUUAUGCAUCAAAUCCGUUCUUGCAAGGACUUGAAGCAUUUGAUUUACUACCGUUUCAACUCCGGCCCGGUCGGCAAGGGCCCUGGUUGCGGUUUCUGGGCACCCGCCUGGCGUGUUUGGCUGUUCUUCAUGCGUGGUAUCAUCCCUCUCCUCGAGAGAUGGCUUGGAAACUUGCUUUCUCGUCAGUUUGAGGGUCGUCACAGCAAGGGCGUUGCCAAGACCGUAACCAAGCAGCGUGUAGAAUCGCAUUUCGACCUUGAGCUGCGAGCUUCGGUUAUGGCCGACCUGAUGGAUAUGAUGCCUGAGGGUAUCAAGCAGAACAAGGUCAACACGGUCCUUCAACACCUUUCGGAGGCAUGGAGAUGCUGGAAGAGUAACAUUCCUUGGAAGGUGCCCGGUCUUCCUGCUCCGAUCGAAAACAUCAUUCUCCGUUACGUCAAGAGCAAGGCCGACUGGUGGAUUUCCGUUGCGCACUACAACAGAGAACGUAUUCGUCGGGGUGCCACUGUCGACAAGACGGUCGCGAAGAAGAACCUGGGUCGACUUACGCGUCUCUGGCUCAAGUCUGAGCAAGAAAGACAGCACAACUACUUGAAGGAUGGCCCAUACGUCUCGUCUGAAGAAGCCGUGGCGAUCUACACCACCAUGGUGCACUGGCUGGAAUCCCGCAAAUUCUCUCCGAUUCCCUUCCCCAGUGUUUCCUACAAGCACGACACCAAGAUCCUGAUCCUCGCCCUGGAAAGAUUGCGCGAGGCAUACUCUGUCAAGGGCCGACUCAACCAGAGCCAGCGUGAGGAACUUGCCCUCAUCGAACAGGCAUACGACUCGCCCGGUACUACGCUGGCCAGAAUCAAGCGUUUCCUUCUCACCCAACGUGCGUUCAAGGAAGUCGGCAUUGACAUGAAUGACAACUACAACGACAUCAACCCGGUGUACGAUAUCGAGCCGAUCGAGAAGAUUACCGAUGCUUACCUAGACCAAUACCUGUGGUACCAGGCCGAGCAGCGCCACCUUUUCCCUGCUUGGAUCAAGCCUUCCGAUUCCGAAGUUCCUCCUCUGCUCACCUACAAGUGGGCCCAAGGAAUUAACAACUUGUCCAAUGUUUGGGAGACUUCUGAAGGCGAGACCAACGUGAUGGUCGAAACGGAGCUGUCCAAGGUCUACGAAAAGAUUGAUCUUACGUUGCUGAACCGGUUGCUCCGACUGAUCAUGGACCACAACUUGGCUGACUACAUUACCUCCAAGAACAACGUGCAGCUGAGCUACAAGGACAUGAACCACACCAACAGCUAUGGGUUGAUCCGUGGCUUGCAGUUCUCGGGUUUCGUGUUCCAGUACUAUGGUCUCAUGAUCGAUCUACUGCUCCUUGGUUUGCAGAGAGCUAGCGAGAUGGCUGGUCCUCCGCAGAGCCCGAACGACUUCUUGCAAUUCCGCGACAGCGCUACCGAGACUAGGCACCCGAUCCGUCUGUACACUCGUUACGUCGACAAGAUUUGGGUGUUCAUGAGAUUCUCUGCCGACGAUUCCAGGGACCUGAUUCAGCGUUUCCUGACCGAGAACCCGGACCCGAACUUCGAAAACGUUAUCGGAUACAAGAAUAAGAAGUGCUGGCCUCGUGACUGUCGGAUGCGUCUGAUGCGACACGAUGUCAACCUGGGUCGUGCGGCAUUCUGGGACUUGAAGAACCGCCUUCCCAGAUCCAUCACCACUAUCGAAUGGGAUGACACUUUCGCCAGCGUGUACAGCAAAGACAACCCCAAUUUAUUGUUCUCCAUGAGUGGUUUUGAGGUCCGCAUUCUGCCCAAGAACCGUAACCAGAAUGAAGAGUUCUCGGUGAAGGACAGUGUCUGGUCGUUGGUUAACAACUCGACCAAGGAGCGUACGGCCCACGCCUUCCUCCAGGUUACCGAAGAGGACAUCCAGAAGUUCAACAACCGGAUUCGCCAGAUUCUCAUGUCCUCUGGAUCGACAACCUUCACCAAGAUCGCGAACAAGUGGAACACUGCCCUGAUUGCGCUGUUCACAUACUACCGUGAAGGUGCUGUUGCGACCGUCAACCUGCUCGAUACCAUCGUCAAAUGUGAGACCAAGAUUCAGACCCGUGUCAAGAUCGGUCUGAACUCCAAGAUGCCUUCUCGUUUCCCUCCGGCUGUGUUCUACACUCCGAAGGAACUGGGAGGCCUGGGUAUGAUCUCCGGAUCUCACAUUCUCAUUCCCGCCAGUGACAAGCGAUGGUCGAAGCAGACGGAUACCGGUAUUACUCACUUCCGUGCGGGUAUGUCGCACGAUGAGGAGACCUUGAUUCCCAACAUCUUCCGGUACAUCAUUCCCUGGGAGGCUGAAUUCAUCGACUCCCAGCGGGUGUGGAUUGAGUACUCGCAGAAGCGAAUGGAAGCGCAACAGCAGAACCGUCGUCUGACGCUGGAGGACCUGGAAGACAGCUGGGACCGUGGUCUUCCUCGUAUCAACACCCUGUUCCAGAAGGACCGCAGCACGCUCAGUUUCGACAAGGGGUUCCGUCUCCGAGCCGAGUUCAAGCAGUACCAGCUGAUGAAGAGCAACCCAUUCUGGUGGACCAGCCAGCGACACGACGGAAAGCUGUGGAACCUUAACGCCUACCGUACGGAUGUCAUCCAGGCCCUUGGUGGUGUUGAAACCAUCCUGGAGCACACCCUCUUUAAGGCAACAGCUUUCCCCUCGUGGGAAGGUCUCUUCUGGGAACGUGCCUGUCUUGCCAAGGGAACACGGCUGCUGCGUGGUUUCGAAGAGUCGAUGAAGUUCAAGAAGCUUACCAAUGCCCAGAGAUCCGGUUUGAACCAGAUCCCCAACCGUCGGUUCACGCUUUGGUGGUCUCCGACUAUCAACCGUGCCAACGUGUAUGUUGGUUUCCAGGUGCAACUGGAUCUUACUGGUAUCUUCUUGCACGGAAAGAUUCCUACUCUGAAGAUUUCUUUGAUUCAGAUCUUCCGUGCUCACUUGUGGCAGAAGAUUCAUGAGUCCGUAGUUAUGGACUUGUGUCAGGUGUUCGACCAAGAGUUGGAGCAACUAGGAAUUGAAGCCGUUCAGAAAGAGACGAUUCACCCGCGUAAAUCGUACAAGAUGAACAGCUCUUGCGCCGACAUUCUGCUUUUCGCCACCAACAAGUGGAAUGUGACCAGACCGUCUAUCCUGUUUGACACCAAGGAUGUCUACGAACCCACGACGACCAACAAGUUCUGGCUGGACGUUCAGCUGCGGUACGGUGACUACGACUCGCACGACAUUGAGCGAUACGUUCGUGCCAAGUACCUGGACUACACUACGGACAGCAUGAGUAUCUAUCCUUCGGCCACUGGUCUCAUGAUCGGUGUCGACCUGGCUUACAACCUGUACUCUGCCUACGGUCAAUACUUCCCUGGUCUCAAGACAUUGGUUCAGCAGGCCAUGGCCAAGGUCAUGAAGGCCAACCCUGCGUUGUAUGUGCUGAGAGAACGUAUCCGUAAGGGUCUCCAGCUGUACGCCUCGGAGAGCAACCAGGAGUUCCUGAACUCGCAGAACUACUCUGAGCUUUUCAGUCCGCAGAUCCAGCUGUUCAUUGACGACACCAACGUCUACCGUGUUACGAUCCACAAAACCUUUGAAGGUAACUUGACCACGAAGCCCAUCAACGGUGCCAUCUUCAUCUUCAACCCUCGUACUGGACAGCUCUUCUUGAAGAUCAUCCAUACCAGUGUGUGGGCGGGACAGAAGCGUCUGGGUCAGUUGGCCAAGUGGAAGACGGCAGAAGAAGUUGCAGCGCUCAUUCGGUCUCUCCCUGUUGAGGAACAGCCCAAGCAGCUGAUUGUCACUCGGAAGGGUCUUCUUGAUCCGCUUGAAGUUCACUUGCUCGACUUUCCCAACAUUUCCAUCCGUGCUUCUGAGCUUCAGCUUCCGUUCCAGGCCGCUAUGAAGGUCGAGAAGCUUGCAGACAUGAUCCUUCGGGCGACUGAGCCGCAGAUGGUCUUGUUCAACUUGUAUGACGAAUGGUUAAAGUCUAUCUCGCCGUACACGGCCUUCUCUCGGUUGAUUCUGAUUCUCCGUGCUCUCCAUGUCAACAUCGACAAGGCCAAGAUUAUCCUCCGCCCCGACAAGAGUGUUAUCACGCAGGAGCACCACAUCUGGCCAUCGCUCUCGGACGAUGCUUGGAUCAACGUUGAAAUCCAGCUGCGUGAUCUGAUCCUGAACGACUACGGCAAGAAGAACAACGUUAAUGUGCAGAGCUUGACGAGUAGUGAAGUUCGGGACAUCAUCCUGGGUAUGGAAAUUAGUGCGCCAUCGUUGCAGCGACAGCAGGCCGCGGAGAUCGAGAAACAGCAGGAGGAGCAGAAGCAGCUCACGGCUGUCACGACCAAGACGCAGAACGUGCGAGGCGAAGACAUUAUCGUUACGACUACGUCUCAGUAUGAACAGCAGUCGUUUGCGUCUAAGACAGAAUGGCGUACCCGGGCUAUUGCGACAUCGAACUUGCGUUCCAGGUCGAACAACAUCUACGUCUCAUCAGACGAUAUCCAGGAAGAGGGGUACACAUACAUCAUGCCGAAGAAUGUCCUCAAGCGUUUCAUCACGAUCGCAGAUUUGCGGGUUCAAGUUGCCGGAUACCUGUACGGUAGCUCGCCACCGGAUAAUGAGCAAGUGAAGGAGGUGCGCACGAUUGUGAUGAUUCCUCAAGUUGGCAACACCCGAGACGUCCAGCUGCCGCAACAACUGCCGCAGCAUGACUACCUGAACGGCCUGGAGCCACUGGGAGUGAUCCACACGAUCUCCGGAAACGAACCCCCAUACAUGACCGCGAUGGACGUGACGCAACACGCACGGUUGAUGAACGAACACCCGUCCUGGGACAAGAAGACGGUGACGAUGACUGUCUCGUUCACGCCCGGCUCCGUCUCGCUGGCGGCUUGGGGUCUCACCCCCCAGGGAUACAAGUGGGGAGCGGAGAACAAGGACACGACUUCGGACCAGCCCCAGGGAUUCUCCACCAGCAUGGGCGAGAAGUGUCAGUUGCUGCUCAGUGACCGGUUGCGCGGGUACUUCCUGGUUCCCGAGGACAAUGUGUGGAACUACAGUUUCAUGGGCAGCUCGUUUGGAAGUGUCGAGAAGCGACCGAUCUAUACCAAGAUCGAUACGCCGUUGCGGUUCUACGAUGACCAGCAUCGGCCGCUGCAUUUCCAGAACUUUGCGGAGUUGGAGGAUAUUUGGGUUGAUCGGAGCGAUAACUUUGCGUGA